ACAAUUUGAACUGAAGGUCACGUAUGCUAGUGCCUAGUUGGACGGAGCUGUACUCGUUUUCCCCAUCUGUCUGCCUAUGAGGUUACUUAAGCCGGCUUGGGUAUCUCAUGGAUAUCUUUCAAAGGAUAAAGCUGUUGGUCGACCUAUAUAUAGUCUAGAUAUACAUCCUGAUGGAUCACGCUUGGCUACUGGUGGAGUAAUUGACACAUGCGGAGUUGUCGUUUUGUGGAGCAUGGCUCCCAUUCGGGACCCAACUUUAGAGUUCGAUGAAAACUCUUGUCUUAAGCUUUUUCAAAUGGACAGUCACCAGGCCUGCGUCAAUUGUGUUCGAUGGUCACCAUCUGGUCGUUGGUUAGCCUCAGCUGGAAUGGACAAAGUUAUUAUGCUUUGGUCAAAGACGGCAACUGCAUCUCGUCCAAUUCAGGUAUUUGGCUCAAAAGAACCAACUAAAUUUACGGAACACUGGAGGUGUGUAUCAACACUUCGAGGUCAUAGUGGGGAUGUCAUUGAUCUUUCUUGGUCACAUGACGGAAAUCGUUUAGCUUCAACAAGUGUCGAUAAUUCAAUUAUUGUCUGGUGCCGUCAGAAACUUCCAAGUGGAUCAGGUUAUACAAACAAUUCAUUUUGUCUGCAGGCAACAUUGAGGGGUCAUACAAAUUUUGUUAAAGGAGUCACAUGGGAUCCAGUUGGUCGUUAUUUAGCUAGUCAAGGAGAUGAUUUAACUGUAAAGAUCUGGCGUACCGCAGACUGGCAAGAAGAAGCCAGUAUCACGAAGCCGUUUACUAAGGUGAGUGGUCAAAGUCAGGUGAUGCGUUUAUCAUGGAGUUUGGAUGGUUCAACACUCGCUUCGCCUCAUGCUGUAAACAAUGGAUUCCCUACUGCCAAACUCAUCGAUCGAAAUAACUGGUCUCCAAGUUUAGAUCUCGUUGGACAUCGUAAACAUGUUAUAUGUGCGCGCUACAAUCCCAAUGUUUUACGCAAACAAGAUGAAUCUGGGAUCCCGGGAGCUGUUUGUCUCGCUCUUGGAAGCAAAGACCGAUCAGUUUCUGUUUGGUCGACGGCUGGUCGACGUGCUCGACUCGUUGUUCAUGACUUAUUCACGAAUUCUGUUUGUGACUUGUCAUGGAGUUCUGAUGGUCGUGAACUUAUGGCCUGUUCAUUGGAUGGCUCUGUUUCUUAUAUGGGCUUUACGCAUCAAGAAUUGGGAACUCCAUGGUCUCUCAAAGAAGUUAUACAGUUACAUCAUAAGGUGUAUGGGCAAAGUCUACUUGAUAAAUUUCGUCCGAUUUCAUCUAAUGGUUUGCCAACUGAAGUAGAUUCAUUGGAUGAAAAUAAAGAUAUCUCGGGCAUAUUGAAUCAAAGCGAUAUCCUGCUUGAAACUCCAGAAGCAUUGGCGCUGCAGAAAACUCAAGCUGAACUGCGUACUAAGCUGAAAAAUUCCCCAACAGGGGAGAAACAGUCGCUAUGUCUUCCAAAAGGACCGUCUAAACAAAUCGAAAUUCGGAGAGAAGAUGGACGCCGAAGAAUAACACCUAAAUUUCUUGGUCAUUUAGAUAGUCCUGAUGAAGAUGCUAAUUCCAAUCCACAUUUCUCAUCACCUCAAUCUGGUAAAUGUGAAGGCAAAACCAGUCCAGAAGUUAGUUCAGAUUUCACUUUUGACUCAAAUAAAACUAACAACAUACUGAAAACAACAGCAGUUACUACCAUGGCUACCAUUACAAAUCCGGAAGUCACUCUAAGUAAUGUGAAUCUACCAUCUGUGACAGUUAUACCAGUCAAUGAUGUUGUCCUUAACAUUGAUAGUCUAUCUACUUCAGAAGUUAAUCAUGCACCGACAUCCACGGAUAAUAAAAUUCGAAAUACUAGUGUCGAAACAGCAUUUGUAUCAACUGAUGAUAUACCAUUAGAUCAACAAAACGUAAUAUCAAAAACGACCUCUGUAACACAAGCUUCAUCUACAAGUGUACACACACUAUCGAAAAAAUUACCACCUGAACCUGUAGAACAAGAAACUGGUGGUGAACAAAAACGAACUCGCUCAGACAUUAAUGACGGUGAUGCAACUGGACAGACAGAUACUGUCAAAGUGGUUACUGAUGAAUCAGUCAAAAUAAACACUGCCGCUAAACAACGGAAAAGACGUAUUAGACUUUUUACUGAAGAAGAAAAAUCCCCAAAAUCUGGAAGUGAUUCUUCAAAAGUUGCUCCACAGAGUAAAAAAGUUUGUUUUACGCCUGAAUCUUCACCACCAAAGUCAAAAUCUAUAACUGGAUCUAUUUCAGAAUGUAUUGAUAUAUCGUCAUCUGUACAAAGCGCACCGACGAGUGUUGCAAGCUUGCCUUUAUUUCUUAUUACUACUCCGGAUCAAUUAGGAAAUGUUCCCAAAGUUCAGUUUGUUUGUUCAAAUUUAGUAGAUGGACCGAUUAUUGUACAGCUCAUAAACUCUCUGAAUGCGUCUACACGUGGUGAAGAAAUUUCUAAGGUUUCUACUUCAGCAUCCCGAAUAUGUGCUAGUCGUGGUGAUCGCCGCUUAUGGGAACUUGUUUGUCCAGAUCGUCUUACUUCUUAUGCGUAUUCAGAUGAAGUUGUUGCUGUUGGCGACAAUAAGGGUCGAAUUCAGCUACUGUACAGCACUGGUGGCCGAAUAUGCCCUAAUUUAUUAUUGGAUUCUGUACAUACGCUGGCGCUUACAACAGAACCGACUGGAACAGCAAAGUUGACAUCAAUCAAUCAAUCAUCAGUCAGUCGUAUUUCCGUAGCUUGCACAGAAUCUUCAAGUAACAAUCUUAGCCGGCUACAUGCAGUUGUCAGUGGUAAUGAACAGCGAACAAAUUUUAUGAAUGGGAAUUCUAUUGCAUUUAAUGGCAACAGCAUCAAUAAAUUUAGUAUGAAUCGUAAAUACCGGUUAGCUGCUUUAUGUCGAUCUGGAAGAUUGAUAAUAUGGAACUUUUCUUUGAUCGAUUCUGGUUUAGGUUCAUUACCCACGGUAUUCAGUUCUUGUAUAUUUCCCCAAAUCCUUGUGGAAACACACAUUAGGGAUGUUUUAAAUGGUGGUCGUAAUUCUCGAUUCGGUUCUCUAACAUUUGGUCCGAAUGGGUAUCCUGUAGUAUAUUUGCAAGAUAAUUCAUCGUACUUAUUUCAUAUAGAAAGUCGUAUUUGGAUUGAGUUAUUUGAUGCUUCUGAUAUGAUGCGUUGUCAGUUUGCUGUUAACUCUGCACGUGGUUGCCCACCAGGUCCAUUAUCUGCUAUUCAACAGCUGAAUAAAACAAUCAACAGUGGUCAGAAGCUCAACUCAUCCAUGAGUUCAAGUUCAAAUGCAAUUUCAGCAUCGUCUAGAAGAAUCCUAAAUCAGAACUUCCUUGAAUCUCAGACACAACUUGCUCUGAUAUUUGGAUCUCCAAGUGAAUAUCGCUACUGGCUCACACGAUGGUUCCGUCAGCUUAUUGAAGAUAAUGAGGAAGAGCUCGUCCGGCAUAUCAUUCAGGAUCUCAUUGGUCCCCCGUCAACUACCGGAUUACAGACAAGCUGGCAACCUGAAGUGAAGGGAAUUUCAAAACAUGUUUUAGCCAAAGAACUACUCACUUUAUUCGCCCUCAAUUUGAAUUUGCAACGUCUUUAUGUGGAACUGAAAGAAAUGUUAAAUGAAACACAAUGUUAGUUAUUAUGUUUAUGUAUAAAAUAACACCCUCCCAAAGAGCACAUAUCUUCCAUUUCCUUGGUUUUUUCUCAUUUAUUCUAAAUGCCUAAAUCGAACACCUUACAAUUCUUAUUUUCAUUCAAUAUUUUUUGUUACUUAUCCCUUCCUUUAGUAGUUAUCAUUUUUGUAUCUGAUACUAGAGACUUUUGUUUCUUUCGACAUUUUUCUCAUAAUUAUCUGUUAUAUGCAAACUCAAAUUUAGGUGAUUUAAUAAAACAAACAAUAAACAUACCAUUCUACAUGUGUUUCUUGUAUGAUAACCAAUGUAGCAAAAAGCAACGUGAUUGUUUUUUUUUUCACAUGUAGACUGCACACUUUCAGCAUUUAUUGUUAGUAACAUUAUUGACAUUACUGUUAAUAUUACUAAGGAGUAUGAAUUACAAAUACUGAUAAUGUGAUUUCACUUUUCACUAGUUAACCAAAAGGCACAAUGUUGGUUAGCAUAUUUUCAAGUGCUAAGUUGGACAUAAGUCAUCAGUACAACUUUUACGUAAAGGGAGUGUUUGUGAGUGUGAAGUGUGUAGGAUGAAACAGUUGUUCAGUUUACAAAGCUAACAAAGCCCUUGCAUACUCCUGAAGCCAAACUUUACAUUUCCUCUAAAAUGUAAAAGUAAAAAUAUUAUUCUUUCAUUGUU